ACUGAUCUAAAGAUCUGCUACAAGGUAUGAAGCCAACAGUUAUAACAUGCAAAAAUCCGGCACAAUAACCUUUUUUUUUGCUCUCUUUUUUCACCACAGCCCGCUCCGCCCGGCUCCCGCAGGGCUACGCCGAGCCGGAGGUAAACUCUGGGUCCGUCAUCCAACCCAAGCAAUUAUUGCCUCCGUACCGCCUAUCUUGCCGUCGACACCCCCACAGUUGCAGCUAUUGACGCCAUCUUGGCGCGCGCAAAGUCUGGGACACGCCGGCCCUCUCGCGCACGUAAUCGCAAAACGAUCGGGCGCCGCUGCGCAGGCGCUCGUUGUUUAUCGUGACCCCGUUGCGGAAGCAUGUCAUUUUGUUCUCCUGGGGAUUGGGCCAAACGGAGGGGGUCGAUGUCGGCAUCGGCUGUUGCGUAGUGGUGCUUGUCGUCGUGGUGCUCGUCGGCGGGAGUUCACAGAAAGCAACGUCGCCCCAGCUCGCCGUCGUCCAACAUGCCUCCUUGCUUGUGCCGAUGCUGGUGUCGUUGGGCGUAAUGCGCGGGAUGUCCUAGCCCGGGAUAUCCAACGGCAUUUAGUCCUCCGGGCCGCCCCCCAGAUACCGCCAAUUGGGGCAAUUAGCGAUGAAAUUAUCGUAAUAGCUCGGUUUGUCGGCCCAAUUUUUGCAGAGCCAGUCCUUCAGACCAUAAUCCAGAUCGCGAUUGGGGUCAAUGGCGGCGACGCGCGGGCGGAGCGCGGCUUUCCGCCAGGCCCCGGGUCCGAUCGGCGGUGGAUGCGUCAGGAAUGCCUGGACCGGGGUGGCAGUCAAAAUUUGGCCGUUCGGGCCUCUGUAGACGACGGCGGGCCAGGCGGUGGUGGUGGCGGGGACGUGUAG